AUGGCUCAGAUGUUGAGAGCUCCAAUUAUAUUACUUCGUGAGGGAGUAGAUACUUCACAAGGACGUGGUCAGAUAUUGAGCAAUAUAAAUGCUUGUCAAGUUAUAGUAGAUAUAGUUCGUACUACACUUGGACCAUGUGGGAUGGAUAAACUAAUUAAAAACGGUGAUUCCAAUGGGGUAACUAUAACUAACGAUGGUGCAACUGUUUUAAACUUACUCGGAAUUGUGCAUCCAGCAGCUAAAUUGCUAGUUGAUAUAGCUAGAUCUCAAGAUGAUGAAGUUGGAGAUGGUACUACGAGUGUUGUAGUUCUAGCUGGUGAGCUUUUAAAAGAAGCUAGAAGCUUUAUAGAAGAUGGCAUGAGUCCCCAAGUUAUAAUAUCAGGGUUUAGAAAAGCUUGUAAGAUCGCUAUUGAAAGAAUCAAUACAUUACAAGUGAACUUGUCUGAGGAGACAAGUGAGGUAACACGCAAUAUGUUAAUUAAGUGUGCAGAGACUACUCUUAACUCUAAGUUAUUAGCCCAUAAUAAAACUCACUUCGCAACAAUGGUUGUAGAUGCAGUCUCUUAUUUAGAUGAUGAAUUGAAUAAAGACUUGAUAGGUAUUAAAAAAGUAACUGGUGGAUCAGUACUGGAUAGCUUUCUAUUACGUGGUGUAGCAUUUAAAAAAACAUUUUCAUAUGCUGGUUUUGAACAGCAACCAAAACGUUUCGAUAAUCCGAAGAUUUUACUAUUGAACCUUGAACUUGAGCUCAAAGCAGAGAAAGACAAUGCUGAAGUGCGACUAACAGAUCCAUCAUCAUAUCAAAGUAUUGUAGAUGCCGAAUGGAAGAUAAUAUUUGAUAAGUUAGAUAUAAUUGCUGCAACUAGUGCAAAUGUAGUCCUAAGCCGUCUAGCUAUUGGUGACUUAGCUACACAAUAUUUUGCAGAGAAACAUAUAUUUUGUGCUGGGAGAGUUGAAGAACAGGAUCUAAAAAGAACAGCAUUAGCCACUGGGGCAGUUGUACAGACAACUGUUUAUGGUUUGAAGGCAGAUAGUGGAGUAUUUGGAACUUGUUCAGUUUUUGAAGAGGUACAAAUUGGAGCAGAGAGAUACAAUCUUUUCAAUGAUUGCCCUAAGACAAGAUCUGCUACGAUGAUUCUUCGUGGUGGUGCUCAACAGUUUAUUGAUGAAUCUGAGAGGUCACUAAAUGAUGCUAUAAUGAUUGUAAGAAGAGCAAUGAAAUCCUCUAGUAUUGUUCCUGGUGGUGGAGCAAUUGAGAUGGAAUUAUCUAAGAGUUUACGUGAAUAUGCUAGGAGUAUAUCUGGUAAGGAACAACUAGUUAUAAAUUAUUUUGCGAGAGCAUUGGAGUCAAUACCACGUGCUUUAGCAACUAAUUCUGGUUUUGAUCCAAUUGACAUACUUAAUAAACUCAGGCAGAAACAUGCUCAAAAUGAUGAUGAUUGCCAGAAUUAUGGUGUUGAUUGCAAUAAUGGUGGAAUUUGUGAUUCACUAAAGUGUUUUGUAUGGGAACCAACAGUUGUUAAAUUAAGUGCACUUUCAAGUGCUACUGAAGCUGUAUGUGCUAUUUUAUCAGUAGAUGAGACUAUUAAGAAUCCAUCUAGUCAGGAGGAUAGAAUGCAAGCUCCAAUGCCUGGGAUGGGAAAAGGUAUGAAGUAA